AUGAAUAUUCGCUGUGCAAAACCCGAAGAUCUCAUGAACAUGCAACAUUGCAACUUGCUAUGUUUACCAGAAAACUAUCAGAUGAAAUACUACUUUUAUCAUGGCUUGAGCUGGCCACAGUUGAGCUAUGUAGCUGAAGAUGAUAAGGGCAAUAUUGUGGGCUAUGUACUUGCAAAAAUGGAGGAGGACAAUGAAGAGAUGAAACACGGGCAUAUCACAUCACUCGCUGUCAAACGCUCACAUCGUCGUCUCGGCCUGGCGCAGAAACUGAUGGAUCAAGCUUCAGAAGCAAUGGUAGAAUGCUUUGACGCUAAAUAUGUAUCGCUACACGUGCGUAAAAGCAAUCGAGCCGCGCUGAAUCUCUAUAAGAAUUCACUCAAAUUCGAAACCGUGGAGAUCGAACCGAAGUAUUACGCUGACGGUGAAGAUGCGUACUCCAUGAAGAGGAUUUGUCCGAAUUCAAUCGAAAACACCGAAGAAUAA